AAAAAACAAAGAUCGAUCACGGUAUGGCGACCAACGUGAAUGCGAUGGCCGGGUCGAUGCAGGAAGAGUUCGCGACGAUAAUCUUCAAGUACUCCGCAUCCCCAAAGGACAAUGACCUGGGGAAACUCGCACAUGAGUUUGCCGCGUUGCACAACAUAAACCUCAAGCCUCUCAAGAAAACCAUCCAACAUGUUCUGGAGCUACUGAAUCACGCGAUUCAACAGAGUCAGCCGACGAGCGAGUUCGUCGAACACCUCACCCACGCAGGUAUGGACUUGGCGCCUGCCAAGUUGUUCGCAACCAAGUGGGAGCAUUCUCGUGCCCAAUUGCUGCAGCGGACGCAUCAAGUGAUGCUGUCGUCGAACAAACUUGUCAACCUGACGUGGAAAGUCGGUAUUACCUCCGCCACCAACCUUGUGCCAGAGCUUGGCGCAACGUACGUGCAGCUCCGCUUUGAACUGGACUCGACGACGGAGACGAUCGAGUUGUCUGUGGAGAGCUUCUACCGAUUCCUCGCCAACAUGGAAGCACUGCAAGCCCACAUGCAUUUCCUCAUGGGAUAACGUUAAGCAGUGUUUCAGUCGGGAAUGUCAUUAUUGAGCGGCUACUAGUACUCGUAGUAGUUCGUAGUAUGUUCAUAGUAAUACGAUUAAUAGUAUUAGGAAUAGUAGUA